CUCGGCGGGCGCGCGGACAGGGAGGGACGAUGGUCUGAAAGGCCGCGCUCCCGUCCCCAAACUGCAGAAGAGAAAGGGCGACGCGCCCCGCGGUAGCCAAUGAGUCAGGCUGGAGCCCCUCCGCGUCGGGAGUGUGGAUGUCGCCUGCAAACCGGCCUUUUACCUUCCUCCGAAACCCGCCACACGGAUCCUCCCCGCCCAGUCUUACAGACCAGGAGCCACCUUUCCCUAGACAGACCUUGACACAAAAAGGACAUCUAACUGGCGGCGCCUUUCCCUUUAUUUUUCGAGGGGUCUCAGGCAUCUGUAUCUGCUACUCUCCGCUACUGAAGAUCCUCAGAACAGAAGAAAUUGAGUUUUUGACUACAGACACCCGAACAUGAUGCAUUUCAAAAGUGGCCUGGAGUUAACGGAGCUGCAGAACAUGACGGUGCCCGAGGACGACAACGUUAGCAACGACUCUAACGACUUCACAGAAGUAGAAAAUGGGCAGAUAAAUAGCAAGUUCAUCUCUGAUCGGGAGAGUAGGAGGAGUCUCACAAACAGCCAUCUGGAGAAAAGGAAAUGCGACGAAUAUAUUCCAGGAACCACUUCUCUGGGAAUGUCCGUCUUUAACCUGAGCAACGCCAUCAUGGGCAGUGGAAUCUUGGGCCUCGCCUUUGCCUUGGCCAACACUGGGAUCCUACUCUUUCUGAUACUUCUGACUUCGGUGACAUUGCUGUCUAUAUAUUCAAUAAACCUUCUUCUGAUCUGUUCCAAGGAAACUGGCUGCAUGGUUUAUGAGAAGCUGGGGGAGCAGGUCUUCGGCACCACGGGGAAGCUGGUGAUCUUCGGAGCCACCUCUCUGCAGAACACCGGCGCGAUGCUGAGCUACCUCUUCAUAGUAAAAAAUGAACUUCCUUCAGCCAUAAAAUCCCUCAUGGGAGAGGAGGAUGCGUUCUCAGCCUGGUAUGUAGAUGGCCGAGUGUUGGUGGUGAUGGUUACCUUUGGCAUAAUUCUCCCUCUGUGUCUCUUGAAGAACCUGGGGUAUCUUGGCUACACUAGUGGAUUUUCCUUGAGCUGCAUGGUUUUUUUCCUAAUAGUGGUCAUCUACAAGAAAUUUCAGACUCCUUGCAUGAAUGUGGAACAGAACUCAACAGUGAGUGCUAAUGUGACUGAUGCAUGCACACCAAAGUAUGUCACCUUCAACUCAAAGACGGUGUAUGCUUUACCAACCAUUGCGUUCGCGUUUGUCUGCCACCCGUCCGUGCUGCCGAUCUACAGCGAACUCAAAGACCGGUCACAGAAAAAAAUGCAGAUGGUUUCCAACAUCUCCUUCUUUGCCAUGUUUGUCAUGUACUUCCUGACGGCCAUCUUUGGGUACUUGACUUUUUACGAAAAAGUUCAAUCAGACCUCCUUCACAAGUACCAAAGCACAGGUGACAUUCUCAUCCUGACAGUGCGUCUGGCUGUCAUCGUGGCUGUCAUCCUCACGGUACCUGUGUUGUUUUUCACAGUUCGAUCAUCAUUAUUUGAGCUGGCCAAGAAGACGAAGUUCCACCUGUGCCGCCAUGUCUUGGUGACCAUCAUCCUCUUGGUGAUUAUCAACUUGUUGGUGAUCUUCAUCCCCUCCAUGAAGGAUAUUUUUGGAGUCGUAGGAGUUACGUCUGCUAACAUGCUCAUUUUCAUUCUUCCUUCGUCUCUUUAUUUAAAAAUCACAAACCAGGAUGGAGAUAAAGGCACUCAAAGAAUUUGGGCGGCCCUUUUCUUGGGCCUGGGAGUGUUGUUCUCUUUGAUCAGUAUCCCCCUGGUCAUCUACGACUGGGCUUGCUCAUCCGGCAAUGACGAAGGCCACUGAAACCAGCAGCAACAGCCCGGCAUCUGCUCACACCCAUCCAGUCCCCGUCAACAGCCUUCCGCCACUUCUUUUUGCAAGUUUACAGAAACAGAAACGCACAGGGUUCCUCUCGGGUUGCCACUCAGAGACUCACUUCUAGAAGGACCCUCGUCCUCUUGGGACCUCCGCUUAGGGACCGUGGAUUUCUGCUUCUCCAGAUAUUCGUGCAGCCAUCUUGUCCAGCCCUUCCCACAGUUCUCCUCCCCUCUUCCCACUGUUGUGGCUUCUCUCUCUCAGAACUUCAGAAACAUGAUCGACAGUUGUCUUCAGUUGUUAGAUACCCAGCUCCCAAGAUUGUUUUCCUACUGACGCUCCGCUCACACUGUCUGUAUCUUUUUAGAAGAGAAAAUAAUCUUGAAUUGUAUAUAUUUAUUUUGCUUUACAGAAAAAAAAAUAAGGUUUCAGAAAAAAAAAAAAGGUUUCAUAAAUAAUUUGCCUAUUUUGGUUAACAUAGCACACGGGGACAAUCCUUUGAGAGACAGGCUGCGGUGCCGUGGCUGCAUCUGAGCAUGCCCAAUAUUUGAGGCAGCUCUGAUCACCCAACGUGGACUGACCUAGGCCUGCCGCUGCUACUCCAUCCUGCUCCCACGUGGAGCGAGUCCCUGGGAGUGUCUGUAGCCGGGAAGGCUUAAGCACGGCGCCUCUGUAUGUAUAUUAAAAUACACAUUCGAGAGAGCUCAGGAGUGAAGCUUUGGUUACCCCUUGGCAUCUGACGCCACAGUUACUUUAGGCUAAAUCACCUGCUUGGGGUCCCUCGGUUCCCAUGACAACAAGUGAGACUGCCCAGAUGCUAAGGGACAUACUCCUUAACCUUCAGCCCACACCCAUAUUGUUAAAGGGGAAAUGAUAUGUUACUUUGUAAGCCUGGCAGCAUUGAGUCAUGUCCACCAGCUUUUUGCAACAGAGAAGAACGUGUACCUAUGGAUGGCCUGCGAUAGGUCAGCCUGUUUUAUACUGGGUACUUUACUUUAAUGGAGUCUUUGAAAGACUUGUUUUAUAUCUAUAAAUCUAGGUUACUACAAAUAGGAGAUUUUUUUACCUUAAAUAAGCCUCAUUUCUAGUCUCCAUUAACUCUUCAUCCAGUCCUGAAAGUCAACCUCCCAGGAGAGGCUUAGUGGAGGACCACUGAAGUCACUGUGUGUCCACUCUUGCUCCAGCUGGGGAUGACAGGAGGCCCCUCCCUGUCUGUUUUGCUUUUUUCCUUUUAUCUCAUGAUGCCUGUUCUGUGUGCCCCAGGCAAGAGGGCAGAGCUGCCUAUUCUCUCUCCCAGCCCCUCAGAUGCGGCAGCUAAGGAACCCAGAGUACCAUGCCCCUGCUGAUGGGGAUACCUGUGGCCGCCCAUAGCUUAGAUACAGUAAGUGAGGUGCACAUGCACAGUGACAGCUCUCUGUAAACGGCCUACAUUGCAGCCAGUUGUAUUCUGGUUGAAAUUCUCAGAUACAAACCUGCACUGAGCACAGAUUUCUUACGUGGGGGUGGGUAGAAGCUAACAGAGUGGCCCAGACACUUAGCUAUACACGCUGUUCCUCGUGUCUGAAAUCCCCAGAGGUCUUGAGGAAUCUCACAAGAGUCACAUAGAGAUGUCCCUUACCACACUGAAGUCCUGCAGACAGGGUGGGCAUCAGAGCACCUGUCACUAUGCUCCUGGGGAAGAAGGAAAAUCUGUUUUCUGCAUUGCAUCAUUACUUUCUCAUACCGCUCCAGAGUUCUGUUCACCUCAAGUCCAGGAAGCUGACCACAAGGCCUAAACAGGAAAAAGGGUAAAACUCACAGCCGUCUCUGCCCUUUACCCAAACGCUUUCCACGUCAUGGGAAAUGUUAGAAGAUUUGGCUUUGUGGCUCUGUUUGCAUUGUUUAAAAAAUACAUUAAUUCGGUUUGCAAGCUGCAUUCCCCUCUUGCUGGUUUACCCCUUAUUUUAACAUUCACAAAGUGAAUUCAGAAACGCACUAACUCUGGGAUGUGUUGUAAUUUUUUUUUUCGGACCUCUGGAUUUUGUGUUGGUAAAACUAAUGUAUUAUUUACAGUAUAUUUAUUUGCAGGUCGCACAUUGUUGAUCUCUGUGAUACCUGGGUUUUCUUUUUAACCUCUUUUGUAGGUGUACCUGAGUUUAUUUGAUUAUAAUGGCUCUUUCUGUCAUUUGUCAGGUACCGCCGAAUAAUUCCAUAGUUCCUGUGGUAUUCUCUGUAGAGUGGACUGUUCUUACUCUUGUUCAGAAUAAUGAAUGGUAGCCAAAACAUACCUGUAUCACAGAUGUAAGGUAGCAUUCAACAGCACAGUCAAAUGUAACAGGUACUUUUCUGCUAAAUUAGUAGUGGACCUUCGCCGAGGGAAACUUUUUUUUUUUUUCAGCACACAGCCUCUUCACACUGUUGACCAGGGCCAGUUUCAUACUUUGGGUUUAGAACUGUUCUCUGGUUCUUGUAACACAGAAUACUGUAGAUUCCUAGAUUAGUGUUGCUUGUUAGAAAUAGGGUUCACAGAGCGUGCGCAGAAGGAAAACUUACUCUUUUAGGCCUGGGCUAGGCCUGGUCACAGGGAGCACAUAUUCCAAAGCUUAGUAACCUGGAAUGGAUUUUUCUUCGUUGGGUUAUAUGUGGCAGUGAGGCCUCCAGAGCAACGGGGGGAAAAGUGAUGAGCUGAAAUAAAGUAACAGGACUGAAGAAGAGGCAAGCCCCCCCCCCCCAGACAGGAGGUGGGGUGUGUUGGAGUAAUCUAGGAAUACCCCACUGCCUGUUGUGGCAUCCGGGCUGUUCAUCUCUGCCACAGAUGGCCUGCUGGGCAGUGGGCUCAGGGCUCCACCACAGUGCCCUGAAGCAUGGUCUCUUCGAAGAUUAGAGGGGCUAAGUUCAAACCCCUGAGUGUAGGAUGGUAGUCAAAGAAGAGGGGUUGUUAGGGUUCCCCUUCUCCCAGGUACCAGCUUUGGGGGCCAGCACACGGCACUCUCAGCGUCUCCUGUGCUUCACUGCUUGGUGAUCAGAUGAAAAGUAUGAAAGUUCUCCAUCCUUCUUUUGUAUUUGUGGACCCUGCUGAGAAGCAUAUGAGAGCAUUGGGGCGGGUGGCAGCAGACUAAGGUCUGUGGUGGGACAUCGCACCGUAACAAUUAUGCCAAGAACUCAAGCCCCCAAACUCGUGUUAUUCAAAUUGUGCCCCCCCCAACCCCCAGGCCAGCAGCAUGAGCCUUACCAACAAAUUGUCAGCCCCACCAGACUCGGUGGAUAAAGCAACCUGUCCUCAAGCUUGGGAAACCCAACCUCUGAAGGUGAUUGGUUCCCUGGCUGAGGAAUGAGAGCCAGGAAGGGUAGGAAAAAAAAAAAACAAAACCCAGCCGAUGUCUGCAGAUGCAGGAUAGGGAGAGCACUGUAAGUAGCCCCUACUGUGUUCUGUCUGGCUGCAGAGGCAGCUCAAGGGUCUGAGUAAACUUGGGUGUCUGCACUUUAGGGAACCUCACCUGAGGCACUAGUCUGUUUUCUUACAGCUGUGAAAACUCCAGCUGAGGCUUUCAGAAAAUGUAGGUAAACUUUUAAAAAUGCCUUUUGUUAAUGCAGCCCUGAGGGCACUGCUGAGUUUUCAGGGGACCUGUCCAUGGUAGGGUGGGGUAUUGGCCUGGUGAAGUUAAGUCCCACCACUGCAAAAUAGAAAGUAUUAAUACACGGGAUGUUCUAGUGACAGGUCUGUACUGCUGAGGGAGCUGAAAGGGGCUGUAAGGGACAUGGAGCCUGGUCUGAGCACAAUGUGAGGUGGCUUCGUUAAUUGCACUAGGGCAGAGGGGGGAGGUAUGAUCAUCUGUGUGGUUUAUAAUUUAGAGGAGAACCUUUAUCUGAUUAGAACAGGGCUAGGCUUUGAGAAUGGUCCUUCCUAUUCAAGAGAGCAUCCAGGCACUCAGAAAAAGUUAUCACAUUCUUAGCAAUGUUACAAUGUUUCCCUCUCAAUAUAGCAGAUCUGAGAAUCCUUCUACAACAGAACAUAGUCCAAAACGCAGUGAGUUGCUGACAAUAAUAAAGACUUGGGGCUUCAAAGUGGAUUUGUGGGUAAUGACUGAAAGUAAAUGCUAAGUCUGAAGGGGUGGGUCUGUGGAGAACGAUGCUAAUUUCCAAUGGAUGCAGACGGCUUUCUUCUUAGAGCUUCCCUGAGGAAGAACCACAAAGCACUGGGCCUAUCUGUACACAGGCUUAAAGAAUCUAUGCAGCUGAGGCCCACUUUAGGAAUCCUUCGUCUGUAUGUAAAUAUGUUGUAAAUACAUAGGCAGCUGUAUAUUUUUGCAGAUGUUGAUCCACACAGAAAUAGAGGUCACUAGUAUUCGGCAUAUAAGAAAUACAUGUUCUCAUAGAUGUUAGUGGGUUUGAUUGGGAAUCAGAAGUACUUUACCUUCUUUCUCAUAGUUCUGUCAAUGUAAAUCUGGAGCCUAAAACCUUAAUUGUUUGGAAAAAGAAGAAAUGUCUGGGAAAUAACUGCUCUGAUCUCUUACGCUGGUAUUACAAUCUGUUGUCUAGAUGCUACAGAUAAGGAUGAUUUAUGAAAAAAAAAUUAUUGUCAUAUAGAAACAGACAUGCCCAAAAGGAGAAAUUUUCUCUACAUUAUGUUCUUUCACCGUUAACGUUGAUGCUGUUGCAUAGAAUUUGUGAAAACAGAAGUUAGAGAGGGUUUGUUGUUUUUGUUUGUUUGUUUGUUUGUUUCCAAAAUGGAAUUGGUGUUUCCCAAACUUUGGGAUCCUUGAGAGGAGAGCUGAACAGUAAUUUGAGCACAGAGUUGAAGGAGAACAUCUGUUACUUUUAAGCUUUUGAAGGUCUUGCAUGUCUGCCUUUUAGCGUUGAUGCCAACAUAGACUGUCUUGUCUGUUUCCCCCCUCCCCCCACACUUGAACCGUAAUCAUCGGUACGCAGUGCAGUCUCUAGAGUCCAGCGUGUCUUAGAUCCCCACCUGACUCAGUACAUGUAGCACACCACUAUUUUACUAAUGUAAAAACCUUGUAAAUGAUUUCAGGUGGGCAUCCAAAGUGAACCACAGGUAACAAAACUUACUUGUUCACUGUCCAUCACAUAAAGUUGGGUAUUUUUUUUUCCUCCGGGGUGUGGUAUAAAUAAAAAAAAAAUGUAAGAAGUUAUGUUCUAUAAAUGCAGUGUUAACAUAGUUUUCAAACAUUAAAAUGUGAAUUAAAGUA